AUGGAGGAUAAGCUCCUUCUCCAUAAUUCCACCUGUGAUGGCCCUGCUGUGUGUGUCCUGACUUCUUAUCAUGGAUUCAACUUGGAUGUGGAGGAGCCCAUGGUCUUUCAAGAGGAUGGAGCUGGCUUUGGACAGAGCGUGGCCCAGCUUGGCGGAUCUAGACUCGUGGUGGGAGCCCCCCUGGAGGUGGUGGCGGUCAACCAAACAGGAAGGUUGUAUGACUGUGUGGCUGCCACUGGCCUAUGUCAACCCAUACCCCUGCACACACCCCCAGAUGCUGUGAACAUGUCCCUGGGUCUGUCCCUGUCAGCCGCCGCCAGUCGCCCCUGGCUGCUGGCCUGUGGCCCAACCAUGCACAGAGCCUGUGGGGAGAAUAUGUAUGCAGAAGGCUUUUGCCUCCUGUUGGACUCCCAUCUGCAGACCAUUUGGACAGUACCUGCUGCCCUACCAGAGUGUCCAAGUCAAGAGAUGGACAUUGUCUUCCUGAUUGAUGGUUCUGGCAGUAUUGAGCAAAGUGACUUUAAACAGAUGAAGGACUUUGUGAGAGCUGUGAUGGGACAGUUUGAGGGCACCAACACCCUGUUCUCACUGAUACAGUAUUCCCACCUCCUGAAGAUCCACUUCACCUUCACGCAAUUCCAGAGCAGCUGGAACCCUCUGAGCCUGGUGGAUCCCAUUGUCCAACUGGACGGCCUGACAUAUACAGCCACGGGCAUCCGGAAAGUGGUGGAGGAACUGUUUCAUAGUAAGAAUGGGGCCCGUAAAAGUGCCAAGAAGAUCCUCAUUGUCAUCACAGAUGGGCAGAAAUACAAAGACCCCCUGGAGUACAGCGACGUCAUCCCCCAGGCAGAGAGAGCUGGCAUCAUCCGCUAUGCCAUUGGGGUGGGAAAUGCUUUCUGGAAACCCAGUGCCAAGCAGGAGCUGGACAACAUUGGCUCAGAGCCGGCUCAGGACCAUGUGUUCAGGGUGGACAACUUUGCAGCACUCAGCAGCAUCCAGGAGCAGCUGCAGGAGAAGAUCUUUGCACUCGAAGGAACCCAGUCGACGACAAGUAGCUCUUUCCAACAUGAGAUGUCACAAGAAGGCUUCAGUUCAGUACUCACAAUGGAUGGACCAGUUCUGGGGGCUGUGGGGAGCUUCAGCUGGUCUGGAGGUGCCUUCCUGUACCCCCCAAAGACGAGCCCCACUUUCAUCAACAUGUCUCAAGAGAAUGUGGACAUGAGGGACUCUUACCUGGGUUACUCCACAGAGCUGGCCUUUUGGAAGGGAGUACAGAGCCUGAUCCUGGGGGCCCCCCGCCAUCAGCACACCGGGAAGGUUGUCAUCUUCACUCAGGCAUCUGAGCAAUGGAGGCCGAAGGCUGAAGUCUCAGGGACCCAGAUUGGCUCUUACUUUGGGGCCUCCCUCUGCACAGUGGAUGUGGAUAGAGAUGGCAACACUGACCUCGUCCUCAUCGGGGCUCCCCAUUACUACAAGCCGACCCAGGGGGGCCAGGUGUCUGUGUGCCCCUUGCCCCAGGGGAGGGCGAAGUGGCAGUGUGAGGUCAUUCUCCGUGGGGAGCAGGGCCACCCCUGGGGCCGUUUUGGGGCGGCCCUGACACUGCUGGGGGAUGUGAAUGGGGACAAGCUGACAGAUGUGGCCAUUGGAGCACCAGGAGAGCAGGAGAACCGAGGUGCUGUCUACCUAUUUCAUGGAACCUCAGGACUGGGCAUCAGCCCCUCCCACAGCCAGCGGAUUGCAGGCUCCCAGCUCUCCCCUACACUCCAGUACUUUGGGCAGUCGCUGAGUGGGGGUCAGGACCUCACCCACGAUGGACUGGUGGACCUGGCUGUGGGGGCCCAGGGACAGGUGCUGCUGCUCAGGAGUCAGCCGGUGCUGAAUGUGGGAGUGACCAUGAGAUUCUCGCCCUCGGAGGUGGCAAAGGCUGUGCACCAGUGCUGGGAAGAGGUGCCCUCCGCCCUGGAAGCUGGGAAUGCCACAGUCUGUUUCACUAUCCAGAAAAGCUCACUGGACCAGCUAGGUGAUGUGCAAAGCUCUGUCAGGUAUGAUCUGGCAUUAGACCCAGGCCGUCUGAUUUCUCGUGCCAUUUUUGAUGAGACCAAGAACUGGACUUUGACUCGAAGAAAAACCCUGGGGACGGGAGAUUACUGUGAAACCAUUAAGCUGCUUUUACCAGACUGUGUGGAGGACGUGGUGAGUCCCAUCAUCCUACGCCUCAACUUCUCCUUGGUUGGGGAGCCCAUCCCCUCAGCUCAGAACCUUCGCCCUGUGCUGGCAGUGGGCUCACAGGACCUCUUCACUGCCUCUCUCCCCUUUGAAAAGAACUGUGGACAAGAUCACUUCUGCGAAGGGGACCUGAGUGUCAAUCUCAGCUCCUCAAGCCUGCAGACCCUGAUGGUAGGGAGCUCCUUGGAGCUCAAUGUGACAGUGACUCUGUGGAAUGAGGGUGAGGAUUCCUACAGGACUGUGAUCCACUUCUACUACCCAGCGGGGCUGUCCUAUCGAAGAGUGUUAGGAACCCAGCAACCCCAUCAGCGCCCACUGCGCUUGGCAUGUGAGGCUGUGCCCACUGGGAAUGAGGGCCUGAGGAGCAGCAGCUGUAGCAUCAACCAUCCCAUCUUCCAUGAGGGCACUAAGGGCAUCUUCAUAGUCACAUUUGAUGUUUCCUACAAGGCCACUCUGGGCAACAAGUUGCUCCUGAGGGCUAAUGCAAGCAGUGAGAAUAAUAAGCCUUCAACCAGCAAGACCACCUCUCAGCUGGAGCUCCCAGUGAAAUAUGCUGUCUACAUGGUGAUCAGCAGGCAGGAAGACUCUACCAAGUACUUCAACUUUUCAACUUCUGAUGAGAAGAGCAAGAAAGAAGCUGAGCAUCGGUAUCGUGUGAAUAAUCUGAGUCAGCGAGAUGUGGCCAUCAGCAUUAAUGUCUGGGUUCCUAUCCUGUUGAAUGGUGUGGCUGUGUGGCAUGUGGCUUUGCUGGACCACUCACAGAGUCUCACUUGUGUGUCGGAGAGGGAACCUCCUCAGGAUCCUGACUUCCUGACCCAGAUCCCAGGGAGUCUUGUAUUGAACUGCUCCAUUGCUGACUGCCUGAAGAUCCACUGUGACCUCCCCUCCUUUGGCAUCCAGGAGGAACUUGAGUUCACCCUGAAGGGCAACCUCAACUUUGGCUGGGUCAGCCAGACAUUGCAGAAGAAGGUAUUGGUCGUGAGUGUGGCUGAAAUCACGUUCAACAGAUCUGUGUAUUCUCAGCUUCCAGGACAAGAGGCAUUCUUGAGAGCUCAGAUGGAGACGGUACUGGAGAAGUAUGAGGUCUACAACCCCAUCCCCAUUAUUGCCGGAAGCUCUGUGGGAGGACUGCUGCUGUUGGCCCUCAUCACAGCAAUUCUGUACAAACUUGGCUUCUUCAAACGUCAGUACAAAGAAAUGCUGGAUAACAAACCGGAAGACACUGCCACAUGCAGUGGGGAGGAUGUUAACUGUGAUGCCCCCAAUUUGCCCUUGUCCUAA